AUGAUAUCUCGAGCGGCGGCUCCCAGUCCUUCCUCCCUCGCCAAGGUCUCUUCCCGCUCUCUCCGAGCACAGGGGCAGGCUGCCCGCUCCUUCGCGACCGUCCAGGAGAACGCUCCCCCCGUACGGCAUUAUGGCGGUCUGCAGGACCAGGACCGGAUAUUUACGAACUUGUACGGACACCAUGGAGCCGACCUCAAGUCUGCGAUGAAGUAUGGUGAUUGGCACAGAACCAAGGACAUCGUUCUGAAGGGCCACGACUGGCUCAUUUCGGAAAUCAAGGCUUCGGGUCUUCGUGGUCGUGGUGGUGCCGGUUUCCCAUCGGGAUUGAAAUACUCCUUCAUGAAUUUCAAAGACUGGGACAAGGACUCUCGACCCCGUUAUCUUGUUGUCAACGCCGAUGAGGGUGAGCCUGGAACAUGCAAGGACCGUGAGAUUAUGCGGAAAGACCCCCAGAAACUCAUUGAGGGUUGUUUGGUUGUGGGUCGUGCGAUGAACGCCAACGCUGCCUACAUCUACAUCCGUGGCGAAUUCUACCACGAAGCUACCAUCCUCCAGAACGCCAUUAACGAGGCCUACCAGGCCGGUCUGAUCGGCAAGAACGCCUGUGGCACCGGUUACGACUUCGAUGUUUACAUCCACCGUGGAAUGGGUGCUUAUAUCUGUGGUGAAGAGACCUCGCUCAUCGAGUCCAUCGAGGGUAAGGCCGGAAAGCCUCGUCUCAAGCCUCCAUUCCCCGCUGCCGUUGGUCUUUUCGGAUGCCCUUCCACCGUCACCAACGUCGAGACCGUUGCCGUCACUCCCACUAUCAUGCGCCGUGGACCCAGCUGGUUCUCGUCAUUUGGUCGUGAGCGUAACGUCGGAACCAAGCUGUUCUGUAUCUCUGGUCACGUUAACAACCCCUGCACCGUCGAGGAGGAGAUGUCCAUCCCUCUGCGUGAGCUGAUUGACCGUCACUGUGGUGGUGUGCGGGGCGGUUGGGAAAACCUUCUUGCCGUGAUCCCCGGUGGAUCUUCCACCCCCGUCAUCCCCAAGAGCGUUUGUGAUGACCAGAUCAUGGACUUUGACGGUCUGAAGGACAACCAAACCGGUUUGGGUACCGCCGCCGUUAUUGUCAUGGACAAGUCCACCGACAUUGUCCGUGCCAUCUCGCGUCUCUCGAGCUUCUACAAGCACGAGAGUUGCGGUCAGUGCACUCCCUGCCGUGAGGGAAGCAAGUGGACCAUGCAGAUGAUGCAGCGUCUUGAGACAGGCCAGGCUCGCCAGCGUGAAAUCGACAUGCUCCAGGAGCUGACCAAGCAAGUGGAGGGACACACAAUCUGCGCUCUGGGUGAGGCCUUCGCCUGGCCCAUCCAGGGUCUCAUCAGACACUUCCGACCUGAACUCGAGGCAAGAAUCCAGGAGUACUCGAAGGAGAUCGGCCAGGGUCCCUACGCCGGUGGCUGGCACCCUAACAGCCGGGCUGAAGGCAAGUUGAUCUCUCCUGGCAUGUAA